AUGGAUUUCAACCGGAUUUUCGUUCCCCUCCAUUCAGAUUGGACUCCUGUAUCAACUAAUCUGUCUCAAUCUGAUUCAACCAUUGGGGCCUUUCGAGCCUCUCGACUUCUUUCGGCAUCUGGUGUCCCGACCUCUUCCUCACUCACCUCACCUUGCUCCAUCUGCUGCUGUUAUUCUGGUUCUAGUUCUAGUUCACCAGCCACUCCCACCGGUCUUUCAACGUACGAGAUGUCCUUGCGCUACCAGCGUUGCCUGACUGCCACUUUGGGCCUGGUAGUUCACUCUUUUGCCGAUGGAAUGGCUUUGGGCGCUGCGUUCGGCCUCGGCCAACUGCGACUCGAAUUUUUACUGUUCACCGCCAUCAUGCUCCACAAGGUAAGUAAUUCGGGUCCUUUCAUAUAA